CUGGGGUAGAAAUGGAAGCAAUGGUUGGAUGUUCUUUGGCAGUGCUAACAAUUUAUGAUAUGACAAAAUCAGCAAGUCUUGGAAUUAAAAUUGAAAGUAUAGAAUUAUUGGGCAAAAAAGGAGGAAAGAGGGAUUUUGGACAAACAGAAAUUGAAGAAUGUAGAGAAGAAUUAAUUUAA